AUGAGCAAGCAGAGGAUCUGCUACUUCUACGAUGGGGAUGUGGGCAACUACUACUACGGAAACGGACACCCGAUGAAGCCGCACCGCAUAAGGAUGACCCACAACCUGCUCCUCAACUAUGGCCUCUACAAGCAGAUGAAGAUCUACAGGCCCAGGCACGCCACAAAGCAGGAGAUGGCGCAAUUCCACGCCGAAGACUACGUCAAAUUCCUAAGAUUGAUCACUCCCGACAACAUGAAUGAGUACACCAAGCAACUGCAAAGAUUCAACGUGGGCGAAGAUUGUCCUGUCUUUGAUGGAAUGUAUCAAUUCUGCCAGAUCUCUUCUGGUGGUUCAAUCGGUGGCGCUGUGAAGCUCAACCACGGCGAGUCCGAUAUCGCCAUCAACUGGGCUGGCGGCCUUCACCACGCCAAGAAGUCGGAGGCCUCUGGCUUCUGCUACAUCAACGACAUCGUGCUGGCCAUCCUCGAACUGCUCAAGUACCACGCGAGAGUCCUGUACAUUGACAUUGACAUUCAUCACGGCGACGGUGUCGAAGAGGCCUUCUACACCACCGACCGCGUGAUGACCGUCUCCUUCCACAAGUACGGAGAGUACUUCCCUGGCACAGGCGACAUCAGGGAUAUUGGAGCACAGAAGGGCAAGUACUAUUCGGUCAACUUCCCGCUGAGGGAUGGCAUCGACGACGAGAGCUACGAGAACAUCUUCAAGCCCAUCAUCCAGAAGGUGAUGGACUGGUACCGGCCGGGAGCGGUCGUGCUCCAGUGCGGCGCGGACUCACUAUCGGGCGAUCGUCUGGGCUGCUUCAACCUCUCGCUCAAGGGCCACGGCGCGUGCGUCGAAUUUGUACAGAGCUUUGGGCUGCCCCUCCUAGUCCUUGGUGGCGGCGGUUACACCAUCCGUAACGUCGCUCGUUGCUGGACCUACGAGACUGCCCUCCUCUUGAAGAAGGACAUCAAUGACGCUCUGCGUUGGCGCCUUGGCUGA